AGUAAAGGAAGUUCUUCGGAAACUUUCAGCUGAGGAGUAGGGAACUUUUUCUCCCCUAGAAGUUGUGCGAGUUCCGUCGAUAUCAGAAAACGGGGAACGGUUGCUAAUCGGGGGGAAAGAACUUCGAAAGUUUGCUCUUUUCCGUUUUUUUAUGCAAACUACAGGAGACGCAGAUUUCCCCCCUAGUCCGAGACAAAUUAUAACAUCAAGGGCGAUGCGAUGUGAGUGAGCUAUGCCUUAUAGAAAUGGACAGACUGUAUCCAAGCGAAAACAUGGCGUCUAUUUCUCCGAGUUUGGACUUUUUUCCAGUCUGCUAUUUGCACUGUGCUGCCUCGAAGCAUCAGGCUCGUUGGGAGACGGCCGAGGCUGCAGCCCUUGUCCGAACAACUGUACGUGUUCGGUUGUGGGACCCCAGAAUUCUUGUGUUGUUAAUUGUUCGAACAUUGGACUGGACCGGGGACCUGCGGCGGUGGAUCUCCCGUCUGACACAAACACUUUGGAUCUGUCCAGGAACCGCAUUUCCUCAGUAGAUGCCAAUCUCUUUGAUCGUUUGACUUCCUUGAAGGAAUUGUAUCUUCAGGGUAAUCGUAUUUCUGUUCUUCCUCGCGGGAUCUUCAGAUGUGGGACACUAUCCGUACUAGAUUUAAGCAACAACCAGAUUUCUACGUUAGAAGAAAGAAUAUGCGAUAAAUUAUUUAAUUUAACUGAAAUAAACCUGAGCUCGAACCCGUUCGUGUGCGACUGUAAGCUGUUUCGGCUGGUGAACUGGUUCCAGGAGAGGGGGGUCCAUGUGCGGCGGGCGGAGUCCAUGCAGUGCGCCCGGCCCCCGGAGCUGCGCAACCAGCCGCUGCUCAACAUCAGCCACUUCACCUGCGGGCUGAACUACGCGGCCUGCCUCCCGGACAGCCACACGGGGGUGAACGAGCUGGUGAUCUUCACCGACUUCACGCAGGGCAACUUCUCGCGCGAGAGCUGCAACGCGCACUGCUUCGCCUCGGCGCAGCGCUACGGUGGGCUGGGGGCGGAGCACGAGUGCCUGUGCAGCACCAACUCGGAGCCCAACUUCAUUAGCGAGUCGCAAUGCUCGGCGGCCUGCGCCGACCCGCAGGUGAUGAAGGAGUGCGGCUGGACGGUGGCGCGCGACGUCUUCCCCGUCGACUUCUCCGCCUCCUUCCGCGGCCCGCUCCGCUUCUCGGCGCACGCCGAGGCCGCCCUGUCCGUCAGGUCCUCCGUGCUGCCCGCCGCCCUCUCCUGGAGCUUCGGCGACCUCACGCCCCAGGUCAACACCACCCAGCCUGCCGCCCGGCACAAGUACGCCCUGCCGGGGAGCUACGAGGCCCGGGUCACCCUGUGGGCCUCCAACAAGGAGAUCACGAUUCGGGGCAAGGUGCGCGUCGCCCUGCCCCCGAUCCUGGAGCUGAAAUGCCCCGCCGUGGUGGUGGCCAACCACAGCAUCGACAUCGGGCUCGUCAACUGGGGCGGGGUGGGCGUAGCCGUGGACUGGAGGAUCCUGUUGGAUGGAAACGAGACCGCCAAAGCCACACCCCACUGCCCGCCAGAGGGUCUCCUGCACACAGACUCCGGCCACUGCUUCCAUCUGAUGCCUGCGGAGUCCAGCUGGGCGGAGGCGCGCCGACAGUGCUCCGCCCUCGGAGGGGACCUGGCUGUGGUCAGAACCGAGCCGCUCCGGGGGCUUCUCGCCCAGCGUGUCACACAGGAGCGCGGCGUGUGGCUGGGCCUGAGCGACGCUGAUAUCCCCGGCUCCCUGCAGUGGACCGACGGCUCGGAGGCCAGCGAGGGAGAGGGCGGGGCACGCGACAGGGCCACCCUCGUGCCGGGGUACGUCUGCGUGUCCCUGGACUCCGGCGGGCACACCAGCUCCCACCCCUGCACCACCACCAGGGCCUACAUCUGCGAGUUCAGACCACAAGUGCGUGUACCUGACGCAGGUGUCUUCAUGGUGGGCACUGCUGUGUUCAAUGCUCAGAGGGUCCUCUCCAGCCCCAGCGCCCAGCUCCCAGCCCCCGACGACCCUGGAGGGCCAGUGGAGCUGCUCAUGUUCCCCACCCUGGGGUUCACGCAAGACGGCCGUCUCUCCUCCCUGGAGUUUGUCACCCGGCACCUGAGCGGGAGCGUGCAGGUGCGCUUCCAGGUGUACAGACCGCAGUGCCAGGAGCUGGGCCUCAGCCUGCAGCUGCCAGGCUGCGGAGAGCUCUGCGCCCCCAUCGCCCUGUGCCAGGACCAGGAGUUCAACGACACGGCGGAGUCCUGCCCGCCGCAGCAGCAGUGGUGUCCCUUCCAAAAUCAGUGUUUGCCCCUCAGCAGCCCCUGCUCCCCCUCCUCCUGCAUCAACUGCUCGAUCGCUGACCUCCUGGAGGUUCUCCAGCCCGAGUACAGGCUGGUGAAAGAAGUCGUCUUCACCCUGCCGCCCGGGGACUCCAGACAGCAGCUGGUGCGAGAGGGGAUCACAGAUGUCCUGGUGUCCGCGGGCGACGUCAUCGCCCUCCAGCACGACGCCGGCCCGGGAGCCCUGCUCCACUGCGACUCGGACCCGUCCUCCCCCUGGAGGCAGAGCCUCUUCUCUCUCAACCAGUCCGACUGGAUCAACGGCACCGUGGACCCUGCGGGAAACGGCAGCUGGGCGGAGGACCAGGCUUGCCUCCUCAGAGUGCUGUACACGGGGCGGCGGGAGACCUCCAUCCGGGGCCGGCUCCUCCAGGAGGGGCUGCCGACCCCGGGGACGUACAGCUUCCAGGUGACAUCGGACGACCCCGGCUUCCCCAGCCAGGCGUCCUGCCCCAUCCGGGUGGUGCCUCCCCUGGGCCUCGCCGUGGUCUACCCGCCCAGCCAGAACGGCACUCUCUACUUCCGCACCAACCAGACCUUCCUGCUGGCCAGGGUGCGCUCCUCGCACGAGGCCUGGCUCGGCUGGCAGGGCGACAACCAGACCUUCCGGUUCGAGCCGUCCUGCCCGGAGAGGCUGUCCCACGUUGUGGAGGAGUGCCGGGCGGACGCGAACCAGGACGCGCGCUUCGCGUACGUCGACCUCCGGCUCGGAGACUCCCCAGCGACCGCGGUGGUGCUCACAGCUGUCAGCGAGGUGACCUCGGAUAACCUGACGGUCCAGGUGAGGGUGGAGGAGCCUCUGAGGAACCUGACAGUCCGGCCCGACCCCAACCACAGAGUGCUCAUGGGGACCAUGGUGAGCUACUCGGCGACCGUGAAGGAGGGCUCGAACCCCAGCUUCAAGUGGACCGUGGACGACAAACCCCACUUCACCUACUACAACACCGUGCUCAACGUCAUCUACCAGAACGCCGCUGUCUACAAGCUGUCUGUGACGGCGAUGAACCACGUGAGCAGCCUGACAGAGCACUACAACGUGACAGUGGACGCCAUGAUCCCCAUGGCCGACCUAACAGUGAAGGGCGUCCCGGCCAUCAUCACCCAGGGCUCAACCCUCAACCUCUCUGCAUCGAUCGUGAUCGACAUGUCUGUGGAUGCUGCCUUCCGGUGGUCCUUUGGUGAUGGCGGUUACCAGGUCUACCACUUAAAACCUCCCUACGAUAACUCUCUGUUGUUCCCUGAUCCCAAGGGCAAGCAGGUCACCUUACAGCAGAAUAUCAACUACACUUAUGAGCAGCCAGGAGAGUACACUCUCACGGUGUCCGUGUCCAACAAGAACCAGAACGUGAGCCAGAAGAUCGACAUGUUCGUGUUCAGUGUGCUGACGGUGGUGGAGAUCGAGACCGACCCCAAGCUGCUGCUGGCAGGCAGCCCCGCCGUGUUCGAGGCCCACCCAUGGCCCUCGCCGUACGGCAUCGUCUACACCUGGAGCUUCGGGGAUGGGUCCGCCCCCGUGCAGGGGCGCGAGCGCCGCGUCAACCACACGUUCACCCACAGCGGCAUCUACAAUGUGUCCGUCUCCGUCAACAACACCAUCAGCUACACGAGCACCUACGCGGAGAUGCUGGUGUCGGAGGAUAUCCGGGGCUUGACGGCGACCUCGUCUGCCCCGACGGAGCUCAGCACCCCCACGGUGGUUACUGCCCAGGUGGAGGCGGGCAACAACAUCACCUGGACCUUCGACAUGGGCGACGGGAAGGUGCUGACGGCGGCGGAGCCACGGGUGGAGCACAGGUACAUCAAGGACGGCAACUACACGGUGAACGUGACGGCAGCCAACGCCAUCAGCUCCCAGUGGACGGCGAUCCCCGUGCAGGUGUUCGUGCUGCAGGUGUUGUGGCUGGAGCCGUCGGGCUGCAUCCAGGAGCGCAGCAACGUCAGCUUCAGGGCCUUCGUGUCGGGCAACUCCUCCAUCUACGUGUACGAGUGGAGCUUCGGGGACGGGACGCCAAACGUGACCCAUCGCGGCACCCCUGGCAUCACCCAUGUGUUCUCCAGCAGCGGCGACUACCAUCUCUCUCUGCUCCUGUCCAGCCACGUGAACAAAGCCAACAUCUUUGCCUGGGUCUGCGUCCAGCCUGUAGUUACCAACGUCUCCCUGGUUCCCCUAAGCAGUUACACCCAGCUAGGGGAGGAGAGCAGGUUCACAGUCAGUGCCUUCCCGGAGUUUGAUUACACCUACCUCUGGGAUUUUGGCACCAAUGACUCGGCUGUCCAUGGAAGCAAUGAGAUGGCCUUUACCUACAGGAGCCCUGGGCAGUACCUGGUGAUGGUCACCGUCCUCAACAACAUCUCCUUCAGCAACAACACAGCCCUCAUUGAGGUGCAGGAGUCCGUUGGCCCCGUGGUCAUCCAGCACAACGGCACCAAGUCCGACAACCUGGCCCUGCACCAGCCGUACAUGUUCACGGCUUCGGCGGGCUCCUCAAAGGUGCGGUACACUUGGGAAUUUGGAGACGGGAGCGUCCUGACUGGUCACAACGUCACCCACGCGUUCAACGUCUCCGGCGUCUACAGCAUCAGCCUGACGGGGAGUAACGAGGUCAGCAGCAACAGCAGCACGCUCUCAGUGUCGGUCAUCACGCCCAUCCAAGGCCUGACGGUCAACGCCAGCCUGAUCAAUGUCCCGCUCAACACCUCGGUCCACUUCGAGGCGCACCUGGAGCAGGGGGACGGGGUGCACUACUCUUGGAUACUGUGCGACCGGUGCACCCCCAUCCCCAGCUCCCACACCAUAUUCUACACAUUCAGGUCCGUGGGGACGUUCAACAUCAUCGUCACUGCGGAGAACGACAUAGGCUCCCUGCAGGCUAGCAUCUUCAUCUUUGUUCAGAGGGAGCUGGAGGGCCUGCAGAUUGUGGCGGAAGACCUGGUGGACGGCUACAGCUUCGCCACCAACCAGGUCCUCCACCUCCAAGCUGUCCUCCGGGAAGGAACCAACAUGUCCUUUAGCUGGAACCUCCUGAAGGACCAGGAGACUGCCAUGAACUUGAGUGGGAGAACCAUAGACGUCAACUUCUCCAUGCCAGGUCCCUGCAACGUCAUCCUCAAGGCCACAAACCUGCUGGGCCAAAUUACUGUAAACAGGACCAUUGAGUUUCUUGACCCGGUGGGUAGCCUGAGCUUUGACGCAGCUCCAAACCCUGUGGCAGUCAAUAUGUCCACCAACAUGACGGUGGCUGUGAGUGGAGGUUCAGACUUGAGCUACCGCUGGUCUGCAGAUGGCCGCCCGUUAGCUGGGUUUGGUCCCGCUAUACAGCACCGGUUCGGAAAUCCUGGUCUCAAACUUGUGAGCGUGGACGUGUCCAACCAGGUGAGCUCAGAGACAAUCUCAGAGUGGAUCAGUGUACAGGAACCCAUUUCAGGAGUGACUUUCACCGCCACCGAAGUCACAGAGCAGAAUUUUGUCGCGUCUGGCACCACAGUGGUGCUGCAGGGGGAAAAUCAGGUUGGCACAAACGUCUCCUGGACCUGGUACUUUCCCAACAGCAUAAAAAUGGGCCAGCAGGUCACCUGCUUGUUUCCUGAGGCUGGGGUUUUCACCAUCACCUUAAACGCCACAAACGAUGUCAGCGCAGAGGCGGUUUCCCGGGAUUUCACCGUGCAGGACAAGAUCGAGGGGCUGGAGCUGAAAGUGGACAAGAACAUCGUGGCUGUGAGGGAGAGCGUGGAAUUCAGCAUCAACAUAUCGUCGGGGACCUCCGUGAACUUUGUGCUGUCCAUCAGCGGUGACUCCACGGCGGUGUUCCAGAACCACACCUACACCCACAAGUUCACCAGCGCCAACACCUACGUGGUCAACCUCACGGCCCACAAUCAGAUCAGCUCACAGAGGGUCAGCAUCAUGGUCAAGGUUAUGGAGCCCAUCAGCAGACUCACCAUAGUCAACUGCUGUGAGGCCGCCAUCCCGGUGGGUGUGGAGAAAACGUUUAUUGCGGAGAUACAGACUGGGGAACACGUCACUUUUCUGUGGACCUUUGACCUGCACCACGGGGCCAAGAAAACCUUUGUUGCCAAACAGGUGACCUACACCCCAGAGGAGGCUGGUCAGCUGACCAUAUACCUGGGGGCAGUUAACGCACUGGGGUGCCAGAAUGUGACCAAGGUCAUACACGUCCAGAAUAUCCUGACGUCUGUCAGCUUGGAAGCCCAGCCCCAGGACACUUUCCUCAACAAGACGGUCAGCCUGCGUGCCUCGGUGUCCCCCUCGUCCACCGCCGUCACCUACCAGUGGGACUUUGGAGACGGAACCACGAGGCAGAGUUCGGUAACACCCGGCAUCGACCACUCGUACUCGCAGCCCGGGAACUACGUGGUCCAGGUGAACGCCAGCAACCUUGUGAGCUGGGUCGUGGCGCAGAUCGGCAUCAGAAUCCGGGUUCUGGAGUGCAGGGAGCCCGAGGUGCAGCUGCACGCGGGCCCGCGGCUGUCCGUCCGCCGCUCCCAGCCCCACCUGGUGGAGGCCAGCGUGGACCUGAAGGGUUGCGUCCGGUACGGGGUGGAGUACCUCUGGGAGAUCUUCUCCAUCCCACUUCUCCCUUCGCAGAGGCAAGCCAGGAUCCCCCUCCCCGCGGAGGUGGACACGAGGAGGCUCCAGCUCUCCAUUCCCAAAAUGGCGCUGGAGCUGGGAAACUACACCUUGGUCUUCUCCCUGUCCUACAAGGGGAUCCCCUUGAGGAAGACCGCCAGUCUGCAGCUGAGCGUGGUGGCUGGGAAGCUGGUGCCCAUCAUCGAGGGCGGCACCUACAGGGUCUGGUCCAAAACCCAGGACCUACAGCUGAGCGCAGAGCAGUCCUACGACCCAAACCUGGGCCCAGACAGCCAGAAGCUCCUGACCUACCUGUGGGAGUGUAUCCACACCUCAAAGGGUCCUUCCCACUGUUCUAGCCUAAAGUUCGGCCUGGGUACCGACGGGCCAGUGUUGGGGAUCCCAGGAAGUGAACUGGAAGCAGACGUGGAGUACACCUUCCGCCUCACCAUCAGCAAGGAGGGCAUGAGCAAAGAGUCCACCACGCAGACGGUUCUGGUGCAGAGCGGGAGGAUCCCCAUGGUGUCUCUGGAGUGCGUGUCCUGCAAGGCCCAGUCCAUCUACGAGGUCAGCCAGAGCUCCUACGUCUACCUGGCCGGCACCUGCAGCAACUGCCAGGACUCUCACCGUGGGCGCUGGACAGCCAUGACCCUCAGCAACGAGUCCUUGGUGCUGGACUCCAACAGCACGACGACGGGCAACGACGGGAUGAACCUGGUCCUGCGGCAGGGGGUGCUGCGCGACGGCGACUCCUACGUCUUCAGCCUCCACGUCACCGACGACCUCAUGGACCGGGAGGGCGUGGCCUCCAUCGUGCUCCGCCACAACCUGCCCCCUACGGGCGGCUCCUGCUCCCUGCAGCCCGACGCGCCGCAGGUCAGGACCCUGGUGGACACGGUGCACUUCAACUGCACAGGCUAUGAGGACUCGGAUGACCAGGAGACGCCGCUGCUGUACAGCCUGCUGGUGACACGCUGCUCCAGGUCUCAGUGCGAGGAGUUCUGCGUGUACAAGGGCACCUGCCCCGAGCACACCACCUACCUGCCCCCCGGCUUCCGCUCCAGCGGCUACAAGGUGGCCGUGUCCGUUGUCAUAGAAGACCACCAGGGGGCGGCGAUCACUGCGCUCAACAAGUCCAUGGAGGUGGUUCUCCCAGAAGCCCCUGCAGGCUUCGACAACCUGGCCCACUGGCUGUACCACCUGACUGGCACCAAGCUGAGGGACCUACUGAAGCAGGGGGACCCCCAGCGCGUCAGAGAGCUCUGCCUGGCGAUCAUCACUGUGCUCAACGAGUAUGAGCAGAUCACGCCCACGGCGCAGGUGGCUGUGGCGGAGAGGCGUCACCGCGUGGGCGUCCGUGGCAACAUCACCCAGGCGCUGACCGCCCUGGACCUCAACACCGUCAGCGACAUCCAGCAGACCUCGGCUGCCCUGGCGCAGUGUACAGCGGUGAGUCGGGAGUUCAUCUGUGAGGAGUGUCAGAACAGCACGCUGAACAAGCUGGAGUCGAUGCUGGAGAUCCUACAGACUGACACUAAGCAGGGCACGGUCACGCCCACCGAGAUCGCAGACAACAUCCUGAGCAUUAUGGGUGAUCUGAUCCACCAGGUGAGCCAGUCGCCGUCCCAGCCGGAGGCGGAGGACAAGCUGGCCACCCUGAGCGAGCUGCACCCGCUGCGGGUGGCGGCCAAGGCCUACAACCUGUCGUCGGAGCUGAUGCGCAUCCUGAUGCUGUCGCGCGUGCUGAACGAGGAGCCGCUGGUGCUGCGCUGCACGGAGAUGACGGCCACGGGCAAGCGGGCCGACCCGCAGAGCCUGCUCUGCUACGGCGACAGCCCCGGCUGCCUCUUCUCCAUCCCCCCGGCCUUCAACAGCAGCCUGGCCGUGGUGCCCCGCGUGGUGCAGCUCCUCUCCCAGGUGGAGUCCAACCCCUUCCCCUUCAACUUCGUCAGCAACUACACCGUCUCCACUGAGGUGGCGUCCAUGGAGUUCCAGACGGAGAACGGCACCCAGAUCCCCAUCGCCAGCCUGGACAACAGCCAGGCCAUCACCGUCGCCGUGGCCAACAACAGCGGGGCCGACGCCUCCCCCGACCGGCUCCUGGCGGGGGCCGCCAACGUCAGCCACUGCAGCUCCAUCAUCGUCAAGGUCGGGACCCACAACACCAACCGCCACGCCGGCCUCCACAUCCAGCUGUCCUUCAGCCCGCUCGACGAUGGAAUCGAGGAUAUGGAGGAAGACCCCUCCAUCAGCGCCUUCCUGGACAGCUCCGCCGAGCCCAACGAGUACAACUGCUCCCAGAGGAAAAGCAUCAGUCUGAGCAUGCUCAACGGCCUGGACCACAAGCUCUACACCUUCUUCGUGUCUCCAGAGUCGCAUGACACCACGCUGGACUACUACGUGAACGUGACGACGGGCUGCAGCCCCCGCUCCCCCGGCGUGCGGCUGGAGGUGGGCGUCUUCUCCUCGCUGUGCCAGUACUUCAGCGAGAGCGACAAGCUGUGGCGCACAGACGGCAUGCUGCCGCUGGCCGAGACCACGGCCGGACGCGCCGUCUGCAGCACGCGACACCUCACCUCCUUCGCCGCCAGCCUCUUCGUCCCGCCCAACGCCGUGCAGUUCAUCCCACCGAAGCCAGUGGCGGGUCUGAGUCUGGUGGUGCUGCUGACCUGCGCGGUGGCGCUGGUGUCCUACGCCGUGGCGGCCGCCAUCCUGCACAAGCUGGACCAGGUGGACCUGCGGCGCGCCGCCGUGGUGCCGCUCUGCGGGAAGGACGGCCUCUUCAAGUACGAGGUUCAGGUGAAGACCGGAUGGGGCCGCGGAGCAGGAACCACGGCCCAUGUGGGCAUCAGCCUGUACGGCAGGGAGAGCCGCAGCGGGCACCGCCACCUGGACAGCAGCGGUGCGUUCGCCCGCAACAGCCUGGACAUCUUCCACAUCUCCACCGACACCAGCCUGGGCAGCGUGUGGAAGAUCCGCAUCUGGCACGACAACAAAGGGCUCAGCCCAGCGUGGAGGCUGCAGUAUGUCCUGGUAAAAGACCUGCAAACCGGCAGCUGCUACUACUUCCUGGUGGAGGAGUGGCUGUCCGUGGACAACGAGAGAACAGACGGCAGGGUGGAGAUAGAAGUGGAGGCCUCUGCGGAGGCGGACCUGCGGAAGAUCUCUCACCUCCUCACCUGGGAGCUGCAGCGCGCCGUGUCCGAGAGCCACAUCUGGCUGUCCCUGUGGCUGCGCCCGCCCCGCAGUCCCUUCACCCGCCUGCAGAGGGCCACCUGCUGCGCCGUGCUGCUGCACCUCGCCCUGCUGGCCAACGCCGUGUGGCACGGCACGGUGGCCGACCGAACCAGGAGCCCGAUGGCAGUGGCUAGGCUGGCGGUGGUGAGUGGGGAGACCGUGGCGGUGGGCCUGGUGAGCUGUCUGGCGGUGUACCCCCUCUAUCUGCUGGUGCUCUGUCUCUUCCGGAUGGCUCGCAGCAAGGUGUCAGUGGAGCAGCUCCCUCCUCAGGUGGAUCAGGAAUCCCUGGAGAUCGAUGACUUCCUGGAUAACUCCAUGGCGGGCAGCUCCUUUCUCAUCCUCAACGGCAUCCCUGGAGAGACAUUCUCAGAGGAGACCAAUAUAGACCUGCCCACUCCUUCUUCAAAGAGUGUUCAGAGAUGGGGCAUUCAGGAGAGGGAACGAGCAGGGAACUGGCCGGAUCUGUUGAGCGACCCAGCUCUUGUCGGGGCGGCGCUGCCCAAACUGAAGAGGGGUCAGGGCAGCCGGCAUCUCGGGGUGGACAUGGCCCUGACCCCGGAGGAGGAGGAGGCAGGGGGGUACUCACACCGGAACAAGUACUUCACCUCCUCAGAUGAGGACCUGAUCAAGCGCAUCCUGGCUGAUGGGCAGCUGCAGGUGUCCCGGCUCUGCGACCCCCAGCAGUUCUUCUCCCAGACGGACAGCGAGAUGGCCGACCUGUCCAGUAUUUUCGGAGACAAGACAGAAGUGAUCCUCUUGCAGAAACUGAACGAGCCUCUCCCUGCCGGAGCCGUGAGGAGGGAGCCACCCAAGACAGCGUUCACCUCUCGUACAGUGAUGGCGGACGUGUGCCGGCAGCGGCGGUUCCCGCCCUGGUGCGGUCAGGCGGCGCUGGUGGGCAGCUGGGCGGUGCUGGCGCUGUCCAGCGGCCUGUCGGUCUGGCUGGGCCUGGGCUUCAGCGAGCGAGUGGCCCUCAUGUGGCUCAUAUCCGCCAUCAGCAGCAUCGGGGCCUCUGUCCUAAUCCUGGAGCCGCUUAAGGUGCUGGUGGAGGCUCUGUACUUCGCCCUGGUGGUGCGGAGGCUGCGGCCGGAGGAGCAGGACGUGCUGGUGGAGAGUCCGCGCGUGGAGCACGUCAGCCAGCGGAUCCCCAGGGUCAGGCCGCCCCAGGGCUUCGCCCUCUUCCAGGCCAGAGAGGAGGCCCGCAAAGUGCGCCUGCUGCACAGCAUGCUGAAGAACUUUAUCCUGUACAUGCUGUUUCUGCUGGUGGUGCUCCUGAUAAACUACGCAGACCUGAGCCGGGACACGCAGAGACUGCAGCUGCGCAGCCAGCUGCAGCACCGCCUCCACACCGCAGAGUUCACCAACAUCAGCAGGCCUGACGAGGUGUGGGCCUGGCUGUCCCGCUCCCUGCUGCCCCUCCUGCUGGACAGACGGACUCUGAUGCAGGAGACGGGGAGCCUGCUCCUGGGGGCACCCCGACUUCGGCAGAUCCGCGCCGAACAUGCGUGUGACAGCGUGGGAUACUUCACUGCGGGCUCCUCCUGGACCGGGUGCGGACAGAUGGGACCCGCUGGGAACAGCACUCCGGGGCUGGGGUGGGCCGGGCUGGGCUCUGGCCACGCCCAGAACUGGACCGCCACACCUGCCGAUGCCAGCGGAGCGUGGCACUGGGGUCAGGUCUCCAUCUAUGACAACGGAGGCUACGUCCAGGACCUCGGAAGGUCAGUCAAGGAGUCUGAGGCUGUGAUCCAGAACCUACAGAGGCACCACUGGCUGGAGUCCUUGAGCCGGGCGCUGUUCGUGGAGUUUACCCUCUACAACACCAACACAGACCUGCUCGCGGUUGUGACCUUCCUGCUGGAGUUCCCCGCCCCCCAGGGGGCGCUGCCGAGCGUGGACCUGAAGACCUGCAGCCAACACAGGCUGAGCACCGGCCUGGACCUGCACCUGUUCCUCACGGUGGUGCUGCUGGUGUUCGUGGUGUACUUCUGCGCCCGGGAGAGCGCCGGCGUGCGCAGGGAAGGGCGCGGCUACUUCCUGCGGCCGUGGAACGUGGCGGGGCUGUGCAGCCUGGCGCUGUCCCUCAGCGCGGCGGCGCUGCACCUGAGCCGCGCCGCGCUGGCCGACCGGCAGUGGGCCUCCUACCUGCGCCGGCGCCACGGCUUCACCGACUUCUACCCGCUGGCCUUCCAGAGCCAAGCCUUCGCCCAGCUCUCCGCCCUGCUGCUCUUCCUGCUGGUGCUCAAGGCCUCCCACCAGCUGCGCUUCCUGCGGGAGUGGGCGGUGUUCGGCAGGACCCUGCGGCGCUCCGCCUGGGAGCUGGCGGCGGGCGCGGUGGCGCUGCUGGUUCUGCUGCUGGCAUACUCGCACGCCGGGCACCUGUUCUUCCACUCGGUGCUGGAGGGCUACGGCAGCGUGGGCCAGGCGUGCCUGACUCUUCUCGGCGCGGGGCGGGGCCUGCUCUCCUGGCGGCCGGCGGCGCCCACCUGCUCCGCCCCCUGCCUGGCCUACCACGGGAGCUUCGCCGUGCUGCGCCUGGCGCUGGCCUGGCUGCUGACCUCCGUCCUGCUGUGCAACUACCGGCUGGCCCGCGCCGAGCUCUACCGGCCCGCCAUCCAGUCGCAGGACUACGAGAUGGUGGAGCUCUUCCUGCGCCGCCUCAAGAUGUGGAUGGGCCUCAGCCGGGCCAAGGAGUUCCGUCACAAGGUGCGCUUUGAGGGCAUGGAGCUGCCCCCCUCCCGCUCCUCCUCCACCAGCGACUGCAAGUCCCUGUGCCUGCCGCCGCUGGACACGCCCGAGGCGCCGCCGACGCCGGACAGCGUGGACGCCGGCUCCGAGGUGUCGUGGCGGCCCACGUCCUGCAGCCCCUGCAGCCUCGGGGAGGGCCCGGCGGGCGGGGGGGCGGCGGCGUGGCGGGAGCGGGCGGAGGUGGAGGCCACGCUGCGGCGGCUGGCGCCUGCCUUCGACUCGCUGCUGCUGCAGCUGGACCGCGUCACCCAGGCCACGGAGGAGCUGUACCGCACCGAGUGCCGGCUGGAGCGGGCCCAGCGGCGGGGCCGAAGGAGGCGUGGCCAUCGGGACUCCGCUGGACGGAGGCACCACCACCAUGGUGGGGGCAAGGGGGGGCACAAGUGGGACGCCCCUGCGGACGGCGAGCCAAUCCCCUCCAGCCUGUUCCGCCACCCGGCGCACACCACCACCAUCCCCACCCGCAAGCGCAAGCCCCCGCCCCUGAAGAACAAGGUGCACCCCAACACAGACGUGCACGUCUCGGGGCACCCCAAGCCCUGA